CGCCUUCUCCUCCAACUCUUCGAUACCACUCGCAGCCACGCCACGCCACGCCACGCCACGCCAUGGCAUCGUCAUUGGCUUCGCAGCUGGGAGGCAUACGCUCCCUGAAUGCUGCACGCCUCGCCUCGGCGUCGUCGUUGUCGUCGCAUUCAUCCUACCUCUUCCCACCCGCUACGGCUUCGAAGCAGGACCUCGACUCCAUCUUCUCCCUCGGCCAAUCAGGUUGGACCGAUCUAUGCUUGCACGAUGCAGCACUCGAAAAGUCACUAGCAGCGCAGAGGCUCUUCUCACCCUCUUCCAAGACGACAGAUCGCACUAUGUUGUCCAAGGAGGACAACGCCAGCAUCGACGCAGCAGUACAAGACUUCUUCGAUCGAGUGGGCGCUGUGCUGUUGGGCAAGAGCGCCGCAAAAUGCAUCGAGUGGCUAGUACGCCGCUUUCGCAUUCACGACUUCAAUGCUGUCGUGGUCUUGAGGGCCUUUUUGCCAUUUCACUCUACACCGCAAUUCGCCCGCAUGCUCAACAUCCUCAGCAUCUCAAAGGAGUCUCACCUGGCCUUUCUACUGCCGAUCCAAAAAGCUGCGCAGCCUCUGCCGACAUCCGUCUUGCUCUCUGCUCUUCUCGCACCGGCCUCCUCUUCACACUCUCUCGACGCGCUGCGCCUGGUAGGUGGCGUGCUCCCCACAGACAAGGAGCCUCAUCGAGCCCAGGUCCUCUUCUGGUCCUCGACGCUGGUGCAAUUCUGCGCUAGAUCAGCAGGCGCAGAGGCUGGCAAUGACGGGCUCGUGGGGCUGAACAGGAAAAAGGCGCGCACCAGCUCGCAAUCGCGCGAGGACAACGAUCAACUCGUCCUCGGUCUGCUACUCCCUACCAUCGCAAACGUCAUCACAUCCAAGGCAAUGGGCACUGAGGCUCAGUUGGCCGGCUGCCUCGUCCUGUGCUCCGUCGGCGCAAGCUUCGACCUCAGCGUCGAGGCAAUUCAGAGUACCAUUGCGACCAUCGUACCCGCCGUCGCAGAACCAAAGGCGGACACUCGCCUGAUUCAAGCCGUUGUCACGACUCUCGCUACCCUCUGCGCCAGCUCAGACGACCUGCAGCCUCUCCCUCUCGCUACAGUUCAGCAGCUUUUCAACGUUCCCAACUUCACGCAGCAGGUCCAAGCAAUGAGCAGGCAGUACGACCUGCGUGCAUUCGUUGGCACGCUGCUGCCGACCAUGGCAAAGUCCCUCGACGACGAGCAGAUGAGCGGCGGCCUUGUGGCACUGCUCGCCACUCCGUCCAGCGAGGGUGGCGUGCCUACGUCCGAUGCAGUCGAAGCUUUGCGCAUCAUUGCCACCUCGCAAUCCUCAGCUUCUGGCAGCGUCCUCUCAGACAUUCGCUCACGACGAUCCGAUGCCUUUGACGCCUUGGUUCGCAACCUCUCGCAGAGCCAAGACACCCGCCACCUCGUUGCCUCUGUCCUCCAAGGCGCCUUCAGCGGCUCGCAUGCUGGCACCGCCAACUCGACUUCGUGGCUCGCUAUCAACUCGAGUGAGGCAAGUCAGCGCCUGGCAUCCCUCGAUGCUCUCCUCGACUCCAUUGCGGCCGAGGAGAUUGACGCAAAGGACUCUUUCGUGCGCGACGCCCUCUCUUCUCGCCUCCUUGACGAGGACGAGGGCGUCCUCGCCGUCCUCUAUUCAACCAAGGGCACGGCGGCACUCAAGCAGUCCCUCGACGAGGCCACGAUGCUGUCCAAGCUUGAAGCCGUCUUGAGCGCCACGAGCAAGCUCCCCCGCAAAGCUCUGCAAGCACACCUCGGUUUCGUCUUGACCAACGUCCUGACCCCGAAGACGGCGACUCGUAUCUUGCGCAAUAUCCUCUGGCCCCGCUUGCUCCUCACCAAGACCAACCGCAAGGCCACCGAGGCAACGCACGAGGCAUUGCAAAAGACGUCGCGCCACUCGCUCCAGCCUCUCCAGGCCCUUCUCGCUGGCAUCGUCGUACAGCGCGACGAGGAGCGCACCACCACCCAGAUCAACCGUGCUGCUGCCCAAGGGCUCGCCUCUGCCAUGGCUGGCGUGGAAAGCGAGAGCCACUUCAAUGCCCACGUCUCCUUCCUCAUCGGCCAGGCCACAAGCAGAGACGGUACCGAAGCAAGCAUUGCACUCGCCCUGGCUACCAUCAUCGAGUUGCUGCCUCUCGUCGAUGCGCAGCGCUUCCAGCCUCUGGCACAGCGCUUGCUCGACGCUCUCCCUCUCGCAUCUCUCGAUGGUGGUGAACAAGGCGUACUUGCGUCCGAUACUGGCAUCAGCGACGAGCUCUGGCAGCGCGUCUAUGAGCAAGCGCCUCGCUCUUCUCGCCUCCUGGCGUCGCAAACGAUCCUCGCUGUAGCGCAAUGCCUGCACUUCCCUACGUCAUCUCUCGUCGGUCUCGAUGGCGUCGAUGCCACUUCGCCCAUGGUCGCCCUGGCAGAGCGACUCUACGGCAGCGCCUGCUCAUCGCCCGCCGGUCGCGAGCUCUUUGUCGUCCUCUUCAAGAAGCUUGGACCAAGCACGCCCACCUUCUUGGCUCGCGUCUGGACGUGCGCAUCAAUGGCGACCUCGAUUCGAGCUACAGCCCUCCGCCACUGUCACGCCUUCCUGGCCGCUCACCGCGCGCGUGGCGGCAUGGACUUCCAACUCCUCGUGCCCGCCCUGAUCACACCCCUCAGCAGCGUCGAGCCCGCACUGCGAUCCGAAGCUCUCAACUGCCUCGACUUCAUCGCAGAAUCAGCUGCUGGCGAGAGCGACUCGACGACAAUCUGGGGCUACGAUGCCGUCUACGGCGAGGCGUCGGAAAAGCUGCGAUAUCUCGACACGUCGGCGCUUCAUCGCCUCGUCUCUGAUCUCCUCGAGGAGCGCGAAGCCAUCGUCAAUGACGCAAGCUACCUCGGCGUGCUGCUCCCCACCCUCUUGACUCCGCAAAAGGGACAGGAGAAGCGCAAGGUGAACCAGCAGCGCAGUGCUACGUCGUACCUCCUCUCGCACGCUGUUGCCUGGCCGUCGUUUAGCGCCAAGCUUCUGCUUCUCCGCGCUCUGUCUGGCUUGCGAGACUCGGCCAAGCUCACGCCGUUGCUGCCGCUCCUGGACGACGUCGUUGCAGCUGGCCAAAAGCAGCCUUCGCUCGACACCUUCUUUGCCGGUCAACUCGAGGUCGAUGAGCGAGACGAGUUUGCACGCCUGUUGUUCGAAGCAGUUGAUAAGCGGGCCAAGACCACCAUCGAGGACGCAGAGAGCGGAGCGUGGACGAUGCUGGCCAAGGCACUCAGCAGCCCAGCCAACCUCGUCUCGAAACACGCGGCCCUCGCACUCAAGACGGUCUUCCCCGUCAUUGCGCCCGCUCGUCGUCGCGAGGCAGUCGAAAGACUGACUGCCGCCCUCGUCGACCCAAAGGUGCAGGCACCCAAGGAAUUGCGCGCCACACUCGGCCAGCUCGACAUCGACGUCGACAUCCUCGUCUCGAUCCUCGCCUCUCUGCGUCUGGCCAUCACGGAGCGCUCACUUGGCAGCCCCGCAGCAAAGAAGAGUCGCUCAGACGCGCCUCGAGACGACGAAGCUAGCUCAACCGCCAACCUCAGCGAACUCCUCGAGGCCCUAUUGCAGCGGCGUCUGGCCAUUUCGCCGGCCCUCAUCGUGGAGCUCUUUGAAGUCUUGCGCACCGCUACCGAGCUGCACACGACGGGUCAUGCCAGCGGCGACUACCUGCUCCACCUCACGCUUUCGAACCUCUACAACGUGCUGCAGGGAGCGACGCCUACGUCCGACGUCGUCGCUUCUCUGCGUGUGGACACGGUCGUCAACGUCAUCAAGGCGUCCAGCAACCCGUCGACGUUCCAGCAGGCGCUCCUCUUGCUCUCCGCCAUCGCAGCAUUGGCGCCAGAGACGGUCUUGCACAGUGCCAUGCCCAUCUUUACCUUCGUCGGCUCCUCGGUCCUGCAACGCGACGAUGCCUUUAGCUUCGCAGUCGUCGAGCGAGUGCUCCGCUCCAUUGUCCCUCCUCUCGUCAAGUCGCUCCGAGCGCAGAGCGGCAAGGAUGGCGGCUUCGCCUUGCUCAAGCUGGCUCGCCCCUUCCUCUGCAUCUUCACCGAUUCGGCGACGCACAUCCCGCGUCAUCGUCGAGCCAACUUCUUCCAGCUACUCGUCGAGACGCUCGGCCCCGUCGACUUCACGUCCGCGAUUGCCAUGCUGCUCGUCGACCGCUCGGCGCACAAGAUCGUCCGUCAGCAGGGCCCAUCCUCGCAGAGCCUGCAAUUGCCCCUCUCCAUCUUGGUCUCGCAGUCGGCCAGCACGCAGCUCAAGAGCUUCGUAAGCAUCUACACCGAGAUCGAGAGGCUACUCGCCACGCGCGACGCAGAUCCCACCCAGGCAGAGCAGCAGGUCUUCCUUGACCGCCUCAGCCGAGUCAGCAGCGAGCACUCGGACAAGCAGAUCGACGCCGCGGUGCAAGCUCAAGCUCUUCUUGCUCUCCUCCAAGCGGCCAUCGACUCGCCACAAUUCGGCCUCAAGGCCAGCCGUGCAGCUUCAGACGAGGCGAGCCGAGCGCUUUAUCAGCAGAUCGUCGAGGCCUCGCUGCGUGUGGGCGCCUUCGAGGACGAGGAUGUGGGCAGGGCUGCCAACGCUGUCCUGUCGUCGAUCAUGGCUCUUGUGCCUGUCGAGACGUUUGCCUCGAUUGUCACGAGGUUGACGGGAGAUGCGACGAAUGCAGACUUGCGAGACAGUGGCUACGACCUCAUUGCUGCGCGUCUGCCCUCGCUCUCCGCCGGUGAGCGCGAGUACUUUGCCAGCUCGACGGCGAAGAUUGUAGAGUCGGCUCGCAAGGUGUUGGCGGGAGGCGUCGAGUCGCUGGCUGUCCUGUCGUCGCUGCAGGCCAUUGCGGCGACUUGCCUGCCCGCAGAGCACACGGCUCUCUCGUCGCUCGUACCUCAGCUGCUGGCGCUGAUUGAGUCUGCGGACGCCAGCGUGGCCGCUCAGAAGGCAGCCUUCUCCAUCAUCCGCAGCUUGUCGGCCGUCCUGGGUCCCCGCCUCCUCUCGCACCUCAAGCGCAUCGUCGAUGCCGGCAUCAUCACGUCCAAGAAGCCUGCUUCUUCGUCGCUGCGCACCUUGGCACUCGAGACGCUCACCAAGCUCUUCACUUCGGUCUCGUCGUUUAUGGAAACGCAUAUUCAGCCUAUCAUCGCCGUGUCUACCGAACCGGAGCUGCAGGCCAUCCUCAAUGACGACACCUCGCGAGGAGCAGGCCGAGCUGCCAACGCCCUCUUGUCCACCCUCAUCAAGGUCUCGCCCAGCGACAAGGUCUUCAGCGCAACGUUCGCUGUGUGGGAUGGCGCUGAGCUGACGCACACUUUCAUCGGCACUCUCGACUUCCUGCAGCGAGCUCUGCGCCUUGCAGACCGCUCAGCCGUCGCUUCCAACUACAAGGCCAUCUUCCGCUUCAUCUUGCGUGUGCUCGAUCAGCGCCGUACCACUGCGUCGUCGGACCCGGCGCGCACCAUCGCCGUCGAGAACGCUGCGGUUCGCGUCUUUACGCGCCUUGUCCUUAAGCUGAACGAGACGACGUUCCGCCCGCUGUUCCUGCGCAUCUAUGACUGGGCUGCCCUCGACCUGGCAGAGGACGACAUGCCCCUAUCCGACUCCGGCCUCGUGGCCCGUCGCAUCGCUUUGUUCAAGGUCAGCAAUGCCUUGCACGAGCAGCUGCGCGGUCUUAUUUCGCACUACUAUGCCACGAUGCUCGACCUGGUCAUCGAGCUGUUGGAGGGCUAUCGUACCAGCAAGCUCGACGAUGCCGAGCUGUGGUCUGCCGUACUCACGAGUAUCGACAAGUCGGCGCGCUACGAUGAGGGCACCUUCUGGAACCCAAAGCGACUCGAGAAGCUCUCGCCUGCGUUUGUGGGUCAACUCUCGAUGCGCAACGCCAGCCUGGUCGAGAAGGUUGGCGGAGCAGAGGCGAUUCGCGAUGCCGUCUCGCCCGCCGUGGUCAGCUUGGCGCGCUGCGUACCGGACGAAGGGUCGCUCAAGGUGCUCAACUCUUCGCUCCUCACUCCGUUGCGCAUCGACGACGUGGCGGUGAGAUCGUCUACGCUCAAUGUGCUCACUGCGCUGUGGUCCGAGUCGAGCCUGUCUUCCGUCCUGCUCGGCCUAGUGCCAGAGACGGUCCCUCACAUCGCCGAGUUGAUGGAGAGCGACGAGCUGGAGGUGGUGGCUGCGACGCGCGAGUUCAUUGCUGCGGUGGAGGGCGUGCUGGGUGAGCCCUUGGAUGCGUAUCUGCAGUAGCUCGGCGUGUCUGCGACGGAUCUUUCGCUCCUGACUGCUCAGAAUGAAUGUAAUGCUUGGCUGAAC